GUUGGGAAGCAGUUAAAAAGAAAUAAUGCGAAAACUGGCUGGAUACGAAUGAAGGAAAACAUUAACUCAGCACCGAGGAUUGUGUUGUAAAUCUCACCGCUGGGAAAGGCUUCUUUCAAUUGGAGAAGAAGAAUAACAUGAAGUGACCGGAUAAGUAACACAUGCAUCAGAGCUGGAAACAGAAUGAGGGCAAUCAUUGUAAUUUUUGUUGUCAUUGGAGUCUUUGCUUUCUUUGAGAAGUGUGAUUCAGGCUGUUUGAUCAGAGGUAAAUGUGCCUCAUGUGAUGGUCAGUACCAUAACCAGAUUCCAAUGCUACCCUUGUACAUAACCAGUGUUUCUCUGGCCAACAACUAUAUAGGCGAGGUCAAUGAAAGUUCUUUCACUGGACAGGGGCAGCUGGAGUCAAUUGACCUUGGGUCACAGAAUACAAAUAGCUUUCUUGUUAGGAACAAUGCAUUUCGAGAGCUGACAAAACUGACAUUUCUCGAAUUAGGGGACAUUAAAGCUCUUAUUCUUGAGACCAGUGCAUUUGUGGGACUGACAAGCUUGAAGAAACUGGUUUUGUUACACAGUGGCCUUGAUGAAUCCAUUCUGGAGGGCGAAUACCUGCGGCCCCUUGAGUCACUUGAAACUCUAAACCUUUAUGGCAACAAGAUCAGAAGGAUUCGGCCUGCCCUUUUUUUCCAGAACAUGACAAAACUCCAGGAGAUCAACCUGGACCUGAACAGCAUCAACAGCAUUUGUGAAGGAGACCUGCUCAGCUUCCAGGGCAAACACUUCCGCCUCUUAAAACUGUCUGGCAUUCAUUUGAGGGAUAUGACUCAGUAUGGCAUAGACUGGAAAAAAUGCGGAAAUCCAUUUGGAAAUAUAUCUGUGGCGGUGUUGGAUUUGUCAGGUAACGGGUUUGGUGUAGAAAAAACAGAACUAUUUUUCAAAGCGACAGAAGGAACUAGAAUCAAUUGCCUCAUUCUCUCCUCCUCCGGUUCAAUGGGCCGAUCGAUCGGCCAUAACAAUCACAAAGACCCUGACAAGAGGACCUUUGAAGGCCUUGGUAAAAGCUCUCUCAGAAUUUUGGACUUAUCUAAAAACUUUAUAUUCAGCCUCCAAUUUUCAGUAUUCAGUGUACUGAAAGAGGUAGAAGAGAUCUUGUUCGCUAAUAACAAAAUUAAUCAGAUUCAGAGGGGUACAUUUGUGGGCUUCAGUCUACAAACGCUUGACCUCUCAAACAACCUCUUGGGUGAGAUCUAUCCAUACACUUUUGAAAAUCUGCCAAACAUCAUUUGUAUAGAUCUAUCACAUAACCACAUUUACACAAUUGUACACAACUCUUUUCAUGGGCUUUCCAAUUUAACCAGCUUAGAUCUCUCAGGAAAUUCCAUCACUGUUCUUCAUGCAUUUGCAACAAUACCCAAUUUGCAGCAGCUUCACUUAGGUGAUGAUAACAUACAGUCUGUUUAUGGUCUUCCUUUCUUUGCUGACACAGCCAUCAUAAUUGAAUUAGGGGACAACAGAUUGAGGAACCUUAAGGAAUUGUAUGAAAUCCUUGCCAGUCUACCUUUUGUGAGGGCCAUUUUCUUUGGAUCCAACUUGAUAUCAGUGUGUACCCCCUAUCAUUCUAUACCACCACAGAACAACCUGAUAGUCCUUGACCCGCAGCAAAAUGUAGUGCAAUCCAUAUGGGCGUCUGAAGCCUGCUUAGAUGUUUUUGACGACCUCAGUAACCUCAUUCUCCUUUCUCUAAAGGAUAAUGCCCUCCGGUCCCCUUUACCAAAAGGCAUUUUCAAAGGCCUGGUCUCUCUAAAGUCAAUUGACCUUUCUUUCAACAUGCUAACAUAUCUUCAUGAUGAUUUGUUCCCUGAAAAUUUGGAGACUCUAGACAUGUCCCAUAACAUCCUGGGUUCUCCUGACCCAGAUGUCUUUCUCUCUGUUGCGGCAAUAAACCUGAGUGACAAUCCGUUCUUCUGCGACUGUGGUUUGAAGGAAUUUCUAAUCUGGCUUAACAAGACCAAUGCAACAUUCACAAGCCCCAAAGAAAACCUGAGAUGUGUGUUUCCCAAGCACUUGUUGGACAUCAGCCUUAUGGAUUACAACACAGAUUCAUGUGAAGAGGAUGAUGAGCUGGUCAUGGCACACCUGAGGCUGGGACUUUUAGUAAUGUCCUCUGCAGCCAUUGUGCUAAUUACUGUGGGUGGCAUUGCCUAUGCUCAUCUCCGAGGAACUGUCUUCAAUAUUUACAAAAGGGCCCUCGCUCGGGUCUUGGAGGGCCCCCGGAAUGAUCCUGCCCAGGAUGGGUUCAAGUAUGAUGCCUACCUGUGCUUCAACCAGAAUGACUUCAGGUGGGUGAAGCAUGGCUUGCUGAAGAGGUUGGACUCACAGUUGUCAGACAACAACCUACUCCACUUUUGCUUUGAAGCUCGGGACUUUAUUCCAGGGGAGGAUCAUGUCUCCAACAUCCGAGAUGCCAUCUGGCACAGCCGAAAGACCGUGUUUGUGGUGUCAAGAGAGUUUCUUAAGGACGGAUGGUGUCUCGAGGCUUUCAGUUUGGCCCAGAGCCGGAUGAUUGAUGAGCUGAGGGAUGGCCUUGUGAUGGUCGUGGUCGGACAGAUUCCACAUUACCAGCUGAUGAAGUACCAGCCAAUCAGAGCGUUCAUAAAAAAGAGGGAGUACCUGCAGUGGCCGGAGGACAGUCAAGACAUGGAGUGGUUCUAUGACAGGCUCACAUUGAAGAUACUUAAGCAAGAGAGACUUAAGAAGCAAGGUGACAUUGAGCUCCAAAAUGUCAGCAAGUUGUGAAUUUGCUUUGAAUAAGUUGAACUAAUUUUAUUUAAACAAAACAGAUGCAGUAAUAAGAGUUGUUUUGAAAUUAUCAACAAUCACAUUGACAUUCAACACAGGCUACAUUCUUGAGGCUUGAGAAUCCAUUCCAUUUCUGAUACACAUGUUGGGUCCUUCCUCCUAGCCAGAAGAAGUAAAAGUAAAACUAGCCAUCCUAAAAGGCAGUGCAUAACCAAGUGUUAAACAAUAUUAUGGUCAUGUGCCCAUUUAGCCAUUAUUUUUGAUUUUCAAAACUGCUUGUCAACAGUUACAGUAUGUGGAAACAUUUAACAGAUGAUAGAACUGCAACCCGGAGUACUUUUGAAGAGGUUAAGAGUACAGAGAAAUCAGUUCUUAAAAGGGCUCGGUGAUGCCCUCUAAAGAUUUGAAAUCAGUUUAAUUGUCCCCUAUUCUCUUCAGUUUUUAUUUUAAAUAUUCUGUCAAUGUAAGAUUAACUUUGAAUUCCAGGAUCAGGUGCUAUUGUCUUUUGUAAUAUGUGUCUCUUAAGGCAUUUGAUUUUUUUUUCUCCAUAUUUUUCAGUUGCCAGUUUGUGUGAAUAUGCUGCAUAGAAUAGUAAUAAAUCUGCUAAAAUCUUCCUAA